GACCGUUUUGCGGAACUACACCUCCGGGAUCCUCUCCGACCAGACGAAAGUCAAGAAGGCCAUUGGUACCCUGGGUGGGCACCACUCGGCCUCGACUCUCCCGACAAGAGCAAUGGCACAGAUGAAAAACAAGUUACAGUGGUGGUGUUGGGACUGCAGGCAGUAUGUGAAAGGCAGUGCCAAUUUCUGCCCCGGUUGUGGACAGGACCGGAGCUAUGCGACCUACACCCCACCUCAACGCGAAGCACCUUGGAGGACGGAUGGCUGGGACACCGGAUGGCGUACCUCAGCCUCCCCGCGCCGCAGGACAGACCAGUCACCUCGGCGCAGACAAGGCCCCAAGGGAGCUGGCAGAACAGGUGCCAAGGGCACCAAAGGCCCGAAGGGCAAGGGCCAGACAGCGAGCCAAGACGAAGCACCUGGCAAAGGAGCAACCGGUGGGGCGGAGUCCCUGUUGGCAGCUCUACCACGUGCCCCGCAGGCUUUGGCCAUCAACAUGCCCCAGGGAGCCUCGUCCGAUGCGGAUCGGGCGCCAGCCUACGGCGAGCUCAUGGCGGCACUGGCCGCAGCGAAGGACGAGCUACCGGCUGGCCUACAGAGCAUUGUGCAGCAGCACAUGGUCGAGGAUGUCCGAUUGGAGUCCAAGGGACUCCACCGCUUAGUCAACCAGCAGAGCCAGGCCAAGAAGGAACUGCAAGGGGUGAAGCAUGCCCGCGAGGCCUUCCUCUCGGAGUGGACGACCUAUCUUGGAUCAUUGGCCGAUCUGCUGGACAAGCAGAUGGAAGCAAAAGCAGCCAAUAUGGCCAAGCUCGACGAGGCGGAGGCGAAGUGGACACAACAGCUGGCCACGGCAUCUGCGGCCCUUUCGCAGCAGGCCAACUGCAAAGUCGAGGUCGAGACCAUCGACGUGGAGACCAUGGAGGACAUCACGAACGAGGAUGCUGCCUUGGAGGCGGCUCGCUCGGUGGCUGCGGACAGAGCGGCACAGGGCGAGGACGCGCUCACCUCAGCGCUACGUGCUGCCAAAACGGCAGCGGAACAAGAACUUGGCAGCCACCGCGAAAGAACGCCGAGACGGAAGAAAGCUGGACAAGACGAGGACCCAGCCGGCCCCACGCCGAGCCGAAAGGGACCCGCGGGGCGAAUCCACGAGCUUGGGCAGACAUCUGUCCACCUCGUGGGCGAUUUUGUGUCGCCGCAUUUUGCUGCAGUACUUGGACUUUGCCUGGAGGCUGAGGUUCGCAUGGACGCACAGGGGUGCCUCCUCGACGUACCGGUCUUUUCUGGCCAUGACCCACGCCACCUGUGGGAGCAAGACGAGAAUUCUAUCUGGGGUGGACCGCCAGAUGUCUACGCCGAUCACGAUCCAGUUGCCGAGAGCUCUACAUACGGUAUUGAGCGUGUGGCCCGAACCUUCCAUUCUCUUGACGUGCGCCUCGGCCCGUCAAUUGAGAAAGAUGUGGCUCGGGCCCAUGCGUGUGAGAGCUCGGUGAACUUUUCAUUUAUGAGCCCCCAGAACGACGAUGAUAUUCUGGGGCCGCCGAACGAGCCGGGCCCACACAAGGCGGACAGCUCUUCUCCCACCAAGGAGCCAUCCUCCCAGUCACAGCGUGUGCGUCCUGAUGACCGCACCGCCACUGUCCAAGAGCCACCUGGCCGAGAUGAGAUAGGAGCUCUACAGUGCACAGCUCCCUCAACCGCCUAUCUACAGCGUGUGCGUCCUGUCGACUGCACCGCAACUGUCCACGAGACCAUGCAAACCAUGCAAACUGCGAGCCCAUCCAGCCUCGCCCACAAAGAGCCUCCUCCCCAGUCGCAGCGUGUGCAUCCUGACGAUCGCACCGCAACCGUCCAAGACCCACCUGGCCGAGACGAUAUCGGAGCUCCACAGCAUAACCAGGUAAUGCUGCCUGGUCAAGGUCGCGGACUCCCAUCGCUGCGCCUGCAGAUAGUUGCGAACAUCCCCGUGUCCCCUGCGGAGCUGGACAGGCCCGAGGUUAGGGCGCAGGCCAUCUCGAGCUUCCACUGGGCCACGGGCUUCCGCUCCAUGGGCGCGGUAACGGGGAAUGAAGGCCAAUAUGACCGCUAUGUCAUUUUUGAUGUAGAGUCACACGUUCAAAUACGUAGACUCCCCAGAGGAUGGUCCAUUGACCAACUGCUUGCGGACCUGAUCGGCAUCUUCCCGCGCCUGCGAAGCGUGCACUUUUUGCAACGCAAACUUUCGCAUCUCCCGAGUGUACAAGUCUCCGUCUCCACCCGAGACUUUGCGGCGGACGGCUUCACCUUGCCGCUGGACUUCCGACCGCUCCAGGGCAGAAUUUGCUCGUUGCAAGUAACCGCAGGACUCGAGCCUUGCCACCCCAGAUGA